AUGGCCUUCUGCGCGUGCUUGUCUGCUUUGGAAGACACGUCAAACUCUUUAAUAUUGAAUAAGCGCGAUACUGCGGAUACCUGUGCGUGCCCGACUACCGCUGAGCUCAGUAAGGCACUGUCAGUGUCCCUGGGCUUGGACCCGGUGUCCAACUCCCCGCUCAGCAACACGAACCAGCGCUCCAGAAGCGAGUUUGCGGACUUCGAGCCCAGUGUGGAGAAUAGUUUCCGAGGAGGGCGCGAGUUUGGAUCGGAUCAAAAUGUGAACUCCGAAAGCAACCGGCUUCUACUGGAUGACACGAACAUAACAGAGGACUUUGUAGAAGUGUGCCAUGGCAUUCAGCAGGUGAGCUGCAUGGAUCUGCUCAGAUCGGGCGACGUGGACAGCGCGCACCCCGCGCCCUGCGGCCCGCUCAUAUCCAGGUACAUAUCCAAAGAAUCCAACUUGUUUACGAGCCAAAUGGAAGAGCCGUCCGCGCCCAGUGAGGUCAACGAAUUCUCGCCUUUGCAACCCUACUAUGCGUACUCCGCCAACCCAAACGCAUACAGAGAAAUGCCGGGCGUGUGGUGCGCAUACAGCAGCCGAUCCGAACCAGAAAGAAGCAGAUCCGGUGAACAUAAUUUGGUGUGCAAAUAUUGUAAUUGUGGACAAGCGUCUCUUGGAUCCAGCCAGGAAUGCCGCUGUGUCUGGUACAGCAAGGGCGAGCAGUGCGGGAAAGGUGGCACGCGACCAACGAUGGCACAAGGGUACGGCCGGGUGGAAAGUUACCAAAGUGCAACUCCCCACGGGCAGACCAGUUUGGCCACGAUCAAGACCGAGCCUUCAGUUUGGAUGGACUGCUCGGAUCGCAGUUUCAGGCAUGAGGAUUUGUUUCCAGGUGUGUACCUAUCAGACAGGAGAGUGUGUCAGGUGUGCGGCGAUGAUGCUUCAGGUUGUCACUAUGGUGCCGUCACCUGUGGCAGCUGCAAAGUAUUCUUUAAGAGGGCCGCUGCAGGUAAGCAGAACCACCUGUGUGCCAGCCGGAAUGACUGCACCAUCGACAAGCUCAGGAGGAAAAACUGCGCCUCGUGCCGCUUGAAGAGAUGCUUCAUGUCAGGAAUGAGCCUGAAAGGUCGCAGGCUGAAGGGAACUGGAUCGACGAGGAAAGGCGAGGAGGAUCAACCUCUGGCUCACAGGGGGGCAGGAGAAAUGGGGGAAAGGGCCGGGAAGACAGACAUAAUCACGGAGUCCGGAAAUGCUGUCGCAGCUCAAACAGCAUCCCAGGCCCUGGCUCUAGGCAUCCCCCCGACCGUGCGCUCCUGCAUCUCCCUGCUCAGCGUCUUGCAGGCCAUUGAGCCAGCUUUGGUCAAUGCUGGACAUGACCACGGGCUGCCAGACAGCCCCGCGUCCUUGCUCACGAGCCUCAAUGAGCUUGGGGAAAGACAGCUGGUAACUGUGGUGCACUGGGCCAAGGCAAUACCAGGUUUCCGUGACCUUCACGUGGAUGAUCAGAUGUCAGUGAUUCAGUUGUCAUGGAUGGGGGUGAUGGUGCUGGCUUUGGGCUGGAGGUCCUACACACUCACUAACAGCUCCUUGCUCUUCUUUGCUCCGGACCUGGUCUUCAACGACCAAAGGAUGCAAGUGUCCAGUAUGUACGAUCACUGUGUGAGGAUGAAGCUGCUCUCCCAAAGGUUCUGCAUGCUGAAGGUAACUCAGGAGGAGUUCCUCUGCAUGAAGGCCCUGGUCCUCUUCAGCAUCAUGCCAGUGGAGGGCUUGAAGAACCAGCGUUGUUUUGAUGAACUGCGGACCUCCUACAUCAAGGAGCUGGAUCGCUUGGCCAGCCAAUGCGGAGAGACCACCCGUACACAGAGACUGUUUGAGCUCACGCAGCUGCUGGACUACCUCCAAUCGGUUGUGAGGAAGUUACACCAGUUCACCUAUGAUCUGUUUAUCCAAGCUCAGUCCCUCAACACGCGUGUCAACUUCCCGGAGAUGAUCUCGGAGAUUGUAAGCGUCCAUGUGCCCAAGAUCCUCUCGGGCAUGGUCAAGCCCAUCCUGUUCCACAACACAGCGUAGAGGGCCGUCUCUACAUGUUACUUGAGCUGCGGCGUCCAGUCCUUCGACCAUUUCUGAGAAAACAGAAACGGCUAACAAGUGUUUAUGAUUUCAUAAGGUGGGCGUAGUAUGAGCCCCUUUUUACCUACAGGGUGAGCAAAGUGAAGCUAUGAAGGGUGUACGGCACAUUCUUCCGAUCUAAUUGCUUUUUUCUCUAUUUUUCUUACUGCCUAUUAUCUGUAUCACACACAACUGUUUCUAGAGCUGAUAAUAGCACUUUGUAGCAUGCAUUUCUUCACACAGGCUCAUUAAAAGGCCAACCACCUGGCAUGUAGGCUUCUUCAUAUUUUUAACUGACAACAGGCAAUAUUUAACUUUUGGAGGUAAGACAGUAGUGAGAAAAAAACAUGACUGCAGCGUUCACGUUAUCAUGGCUUGUCUGUGUGCAGUGGUGUGACAUUUGGACUAGCUUUUUAACAAUGGAUGUUAUUGUGUGCACAUGAGUUGAACAAAGUUGAUUGACAGGUAAUAAACGGUUGUGGCAUGCAUGCUGAGAAGCAAAGCCGUCUGGCCUGAAUAUAAUAUCUCUAAAAGCUGUUCUCAUCCAUGAAAAUAAUAGUUGACUAAUAGUUUUAGUUGUCGACAAUACACGUACACUUUUAAACUGCAAGUGACUGCGUUAAUAUUGUGAAUAUUGUGAUUAUUUAUGAAUUUUGUGAUAACAAAAGGUCACACUGAAAAAAAUAUUUGGAAAAAAAAAACUCUAAUGGUUGACUUGUUAUUUUCUUGUUUUUGAAUGCCAAAUAUUAUUCUAAUACAAUUUUUCCCACAGUGGACAUUUCAUACUGUUGUAACUUUUCUACAGUUUCUUAAAAAGUGUUCUUUGCAAGUGCUUUGUUGUGUAUCAUUAUAUAUUCAAUGUAACGUGCCAAACGUUAAAGGUCCAGCCGAGAAUCGGCUCAUUUGUUGCAAAUCUUAAAGCUAACCAUGUAAUAAAAACUGAAGCAUGA